UUCAGUCAGGUGCGAAGCACCGAGCGAUACAGACGUGUGCGUCUCACAAGCGAACCAGCUUUCCAUACACAAAGAUCUGUUACCAAAAAAUUUAAGAAAAAUAUACAUAAAAAACAAAGUAAAGCUAAAGUUAAAGAAAAGUUAGUAAAUAAUUUGAGAAAUUCCAGCGAUCUUUGUGUUCGUGUCUCGUCUUCAAAUUGUUGUCAAGCUUUAGUUGAAAUAAACUAAACGAAAAAAAGAAAUCGAAAAUUAUAUUGGCCAAAUUUAACUUAGCCAAGUGUAUUUGCGGAAAGUGCUAAACCAAAAAAGUACAAAUUAAAAGCCAAUAAGAGCCAGUGCUUAAGGCCAACAAAAUGAAUCAUUUGUCGCCGCCGCCAUCGCCGCACUCGCAGCCAAGUCCAGCGGGCUACGCGGGUCCAACUCUGGACAAGCAAUGGAUGCAGCGCGCCUCGGCCUUCAAUACGGUUAUAGCAUCGGCUGCCGCACAAAAACUAAACAAUCGAGAUCUGCCCUUUCUCUACAAUCCGCUGCUCUACUCGAGCGCUCUGCUUUGGCCGCAGUUUCUGCUGUCGUCGGCUUCGGCUCUGGGCACGCCCCUCACGCCAAUGACUCCUAAGUCGCCCGCCUCCAUUGUACUGGGGCAGCGCGAUCGCGACUUUGCACUGACGCCCGAAAAGGAGCAAGAGCUGCAGCACAACAGCAGCCGCAGCAAUCAUGUGCAGCUGCAGCAGGACGAGGACAUGCCGCUCAACUUGAGCACCAAACAACGCGCCAGAUCCGACUCGGAGCAGGAUCACGAUCACAAUAGCAGCAGCAGCAGUAGCAGCAGCAGCCGCAGCAGCAGCCUGAGCGGCGGCAGCCUCAGCCUGGAUGAGCGGGAGCAGCCACUGCAUCUGACCACGCCGCCUCCUUUGAGGGCUGUCAAUCUGAAGACUGCCAAUGCUGGGACUCCCUCGCAGCAGCGUCGCUCGCAGGGCAACAUCAUCUGGUCGCCGGCAUCCAUGUGCGAGCGCUCCUCGCGGCAUGAGGCUGCAGCAGCAGGAGUAGCAGCAGCAGCUGCUGCUAGUGAAGACUUUGAGGAGCAGCAAGUGGAUCCCAUAGUGCGCAAGUUCAAGUACGAACGUCGCUCGGCUGCCUCCAUAUCGUCAAUGCAGUCGCUGCAGUCGCCGCUGUCCUCGACGAGUGUCGCACAGGAUCUGGACUUUGAGACGGCGCAGCAGCAGCUGUACGCACAUCGCAGCGCUUUCAUGGCCGGCCUGACUGGCAACAAUCUGGAGCUGUUCACACAGCACCUCAAGACACAGCAGCAGCAACAGCAGCAACAUCAGCAGCAGCAGCAACAACAACAGCAGCAGCAGCAGGUUAAAGCCGAGUCGGAGGCUGAGCAGGAGAGCAAACGUUCGGCAGCAGCACUCAUGGGUCUUGUGGCUGCCGCCGAACUGGGCUACAUGCGUAAUCAACACCAGCAGCAACACACGACCCAGCAGCAGCAGCAGCAGCACCAACAGUUGCAGCAGCAGCACCAGCAGCAGCAGCAACAUCCUGACUCAACGGCCACAGAUGUUGCGCGUCGUUCGUCCUCCUCAUCAUCGUAUCAAGGCGAGUGCGAGCAGGAGAAGCGCACCGGCAGAAAUUUUCAGUGUAAACAGUGCGGCAAAUCAUUUAAGCGCUCCUCAACACUAUCCACACAUCUGCUAAUACACAGCGACACGCGGCCAUAUCCCUGCCAGUACUGCGGCAAGCGAUUCCAUCAGAAGUCCGAUAUGAAGAAGCACACGUACAUACAUACGGGUGAGAAGCCACACAAGUGCACCGUCUGCCUGAAGGCCUUCAGCCAGAGCUCCAAUCUGAUCACGCACAUGCGCAAACACACGGGCUACAAGCCCUUCGGCUGCGGCCUCUGCGAUCAGUCCUUCCAGCGCAAGGUGGAUCUGCGGCGUCAUCGGGAGAGCCGGCACGAGGAGGCGCCCUCAAUGCCCAUCAAAAUGGAGGUUAGCAGCAGCAGCUGCUAGGCCCCAGCAGCUAUAAAUAUAUAUAAUGUAAAUAAUAAAUAACAAAUAUCCAUACAUAUAUAUAUAUAUGUAUUCCAUAUACAUUUAUGUACAUAUCGAAAGAUGAGACACCAAUCGAAUCCAGUGGAUUUUAAGCUAAGAAUACCAGUUACCACCAAGUUGGCAUGCCUGCAAAUGCAAAGUCGUCUAAGUCGUUGCUAUGAAGCCAAAGUUUGUUUUGUUUAGGCAACCGAAAAGAAAAUUUAAAAAAACAUAAAAAAAAAUAUUAACAUAUUUAAAUAUAUUGUUAAGCGAAAGGAAAGUGUAUUUCUCGCGCACUAGUUACUAGCUAAGUUAAUCUCUGCUCAAUCUUAUAUCUAAGCUCUGUAAAUACGCCCAAAAAAAAAAAAAAAAAGAAAGACUUUUCAAAUUAGCUCUUUAAGCAU